AUGUCAACGGAGAGCCACCGCGCCAAGAACGAGCGCAAGUACCUUGGUGGGUGCGUCUACCAAAACUACUGCCGCUCUCUUGGCGAAGAGAUCUCCAAGUGGGGUGCUGAGAUCGUCGAGGCCGUCAACGAUGCCAUCACCGACAAGAAGAUCAUCGUCACCAUGGACCCGGUCCACGUGGACGCACGUUACAGCGUGAAGGUGGGCAAGAGCAUCGAGGUCCUCAUCCAACAGGAGAAGAUCUGUUACGAGUAUGCGGCCUCGGACCCGAACAGCGUCACCGCCACCGUCGAGAAGUCCCUCUAG